AUUGGCGACAACUUGUCCUUCGCCUACGAGCUUUCCCAGUUCCAUCUCAAGCCGUGAGAGAUGGUAUUUCACAUGUCUCUGGGCUUGCAGAAGCCAAUGUCUAUGCCGGGCCUCAUACCUAUUUUUCCCUUUUGAUCACGAUGUCCGGAGCAUGUCCCAACUAGCGCAGCCCCAAUCGGUAAGUUACUUUUCUAAACGAGGACUUUAUGGUAAUCCUCAAGUGAACUCGCCAUCUCUUCGCUACGAUCCCUCGUCCUCAAAAUCUGGUUCAUGCUGUUGAGUCAGUAAGAAUAUCUUGAGCCGGGUGAAUAAUGGUAUUGCAUAUCGCACACCAAAGAAGGCACGGCACAAUUAUGAAUGAAUGAGAUAUGAAACUGCCCUACCAUUCACUCAUCACGUGGUUGGUAUGAAUGCGCGGAUUUCUCAACAACAACAACAACACAACACAAUACACUCUUUCUCUCUUCUCUACCAUCUUCAUCGCUUCAUCACGAUGUCGGGCGUUCUUGAUAUGUGCGAGAGGUCUCCUACCACAUUGCCUCCCAUUGUGGCACCUCCUCCCACGCCCACGGAGAAUGUCUUCUGCCUCGAUCGCCACGGCGAUGUGACGCUCGAAAUAUACGGUCUGCACCGGAAGCUCAUUGAUCUCCUCCUUUCUGAGCAUCUCACUGUCACCAAAAUGAGAGAUCUACCCAUCCUCGUCGGGGAUUCUAGCGAGGACCCCGACCCCCAGGGCCGCUCCGUGCUCUUCCUCUUGUCAUCUAGACACCUCAUCCUAGGAAGCUCGUACUUCGCAGCUCUCCUGCGAAGCAUGGAUCGAGAGUACGGCAGUCACAUACAACAGCACAGAUUCGUGCAUCGUACCAGGAGCAACGGCGUUGCAUUCGUUUACAUGCUUGCUCUUCUCCACUGCCGUAACCACCUCGUCCCCAAUGCCGUCCCCUACCAUAUACUCAGCGAUAUGGCCAUCCUCGUGAACUACUACGGCAUCUUCGAGGCUGUCAAAUCCAUUGGCGACAUUUGGAUCAACAAUUUGAUUAACUCCGUGAUCCCAAACGCACCUGCACACCUCCAGCUGCGCUGGGUGAUGAUCGCAUGGGUCUUUCGCCGCGCCGACCUCUUCACAAACUUGACCCGCGAUGUCAUAACAAUGAGCACCGACAAGAUUGGCACGACCUCCAUGCUCCCAAUCCCACACAUUGUCCUAGACAAACUCAACAACGCGCGCGAAUACCACCUCGGCGUCCUAAUUCAGCUACUCAACACCCUCCCCGCAACAAUCGCCCAGGGCUGCCUCAAAGAGUACGAAAAAUACGGCUGCGCAAUUGGGACCUUCGCCGGGGACGUGUGCACCGAGUCCGCCAGCCUCAUAUGCCAUUCCGAGAUGAGCCGUAUGGGAAUCAACCCGCCCCCCACCGACCCCGACUUCAGCGGCCUAUCGAUCCAGAAUAUCCUCAUGCAGUGCCAGAAGGUGAGAGUUACCGAUGGUCCGGCUGAGUAUGGAUGGGCGGAUGAGCACCGUGAGUGUUCGCUUUGGUGGCGUGUUGCUGUGCUGCUUGAGCGCUUCCAGAUGCCUGCGGGACUUGAUAUGAAGGAGCAGGAGUUGGAGAUUUAUUUGCCCCUUAAUCUUGUCUGAGAUGGGGUCUUUUCUUGUGUUGGUUAUUUCAGAUAUGAA